AUGGUGCAAGCUCGCAGAUCAUUAACAAUGUCGUCCACCAUGGACAUGAGUAGCGCUAGCAGUGGUAGUUUACGCUUUGACAAGAGAAUCAUUAGCACUAUUAAACUGAAUAUAAGCAACAAAGAGUUAAUCACCAGACUAAUGGAAUUACACGAAGAAUUGUCCAAUUUGGACGAUGCAGACGUUGACUUAUCCUCACUCAAGCUGGUGACUAAGGAUCUAGUUGACAAGAGAUUGUUAAAUCACCCUAGUAUUGGAGUGCAAGCGUUUGCUUGUUGUUGCAUAUCCGAUAUACUUAGACUUCAUGCACCCAAUGCUCCCUAUCAGGAUGAACAAUUGUCUUUGGUUUUUGAAUCGUUCUUUAAGCAAUUUUCGAGACUUGCAACCACUGGUAAAACGGAAAGACCACAAUACUACCUGCAAUACGUAUAUUUAUUGAAAAGAUUGGCCGAAACAAAAUCCAUCAUUUUGAUUCUCGAUCUCCAUGAAUCACAGAAGUUGAUGAAAUUGUUAUUUGAUGCCUUUUACAACAUUGGUACAAAGCAGAAUUUUCCUCGAGAGUUGGAGACUUUGGUAACUGAUAUUUUAUCAGAAGUAAUCUCCGAGUCAGAAGCAGUUCCACUAGAUAUCAUCAAGAUGGUGUUGAAUAAAUUUGAAACACAUGGAUCGAAUAACCAAUUGCUUCUGGAAAAUAUAACUACACCUGAAUUUAACUUUUCCUUGGCUGUGUGUGAAAACAAUGUCGACAGAAUGUCAAGAUUGGUGGCUCAGUACUUUUCCGAAAUCCUUUACACAAAUUCAAGCAAGUUGGAAACUGAUCUUGAGAAUGAACCUGAAUUCCAAAAGAGAAGUGAAAAUGAGUUCUUAAAGGCUUUGGAAGCCUUGAAAAAGAUUCAUCAUUUAUCGGUGCAGCUUUGGACAUACGUCCCAUCUAUAAUGUCAUCAGUCAUUUGUUUGAUUGAUGACGAAUUGAAUGCAAGUGAUGAAAGAGUCCGCGCCUUGGCCACAAAGACCAUGGGCCAAAUAUUAGGGACCAGAACAUACAGUUCAACGAUUCCAUUGCAUAAAGUGAACUUUUUUGUAGUACACCGGUCAAUUUGGCUCAAUUGGUUAAAGAAAACCAAUGAUGUUUCACAUUACGUUCGUACCCUCUGGGUGAGUCUCAUUCCAAGCAUUUUCACAAAUAAUCAAUUCCUUACCAAUGAUGUCUGUCAUGUACUUGCAGACGAAUUUAAAAAGUGCAUGGUGGAUACGGAUCACAGAGUCAGAGAUGCAGCAUGUGUUGCACUUAGCAAGAUACCAUAUGAUACAUUCAUAACUAAAGUGGUUAACAAGGAAAUUUUGCAAACGUUAUCCCAAUUGAUUAGAGAAAAGCACAAGCAUAUCAGAUCCACCUCAAUUCAAGUUUUGAGUUCCAUAUAUCACAGUCAUGCUCAACACAGUGUGGGCAAUGAUCAAGUCCAAUUAGAUCAGGAUCUCAACAAUUUGAUCAAAGAAAUCCCGAAUCAAAUACUAUCUUUGAUCUACAUCAACGACAAAAAUAUUACUGCUCUAGUCGAUGAGUGUUUAUUUGAAAAGUUGAUUCCCAUUUCUGAGCCUGAUACAGAGAAGCGAGUUGAGAAAUUGGUUAGCUUUUACUCCGUCUUGAAUGAAAAGAGUAAGGAAGCCUUUAUUGCAGUUGUUAGAAGACAAGGCCAGAUUGCAAAUGUGAUUGAAAACUUUUUAGAAAUUGCUGAUGAGUGCAACAAAGCAAACUCAUUGGACAAGGAAAAUAACCCUCCAACGGCAGAUGCACUCAAGUCGAGCUUGGCCAAAUUGGAAAAGAUUUUGAAUUGGCUAUGUGUUUCAUUCCCUGACGACUGCAAUACCUACUCUUGUUUGGAAAGGCUUUUCAAACUUAAUAGAGCUAGAUUUUAUCAUUUGAUCAGGACUUGUAUCUCGUCAGAGUCUGAUUUAAGCACAAUAAACAGAGCAUUCAAAGAGUUGUUGAGUAAGCUUGCCGACCCCAAGAAUUUAAAACUAGAAGAUAGGGCCGGUGUUGCACCAGCAGAUAUGGUUUACAACUCAAAGUUGUUGAUAUUGAGAGGAUCUCCUUUAUUAUUUAACAGAUCCAAUGUUGAACAGCUUAUUUCAUAUUCAAAACUGUCACAGCUUGGGUUCAAGGCACCGGCCAAUGAGUUGCUUGAACAGAUGUCAGUCAUUGCGCCGGAAGUAUUUAAAUUCCAUGUUAGAUCCUUAGUCGAGUUGUGCAUGGACAAAGAUGAAACAGACAAAUCUGCACCACUCAAGACAGUAUACCACUUUAUUAAGAAAUUCCCCGACUCAUACCCCAGAGAGAUUUUAUUUACUGAACUGUUGAUGAAAUUAGCAGCCGAGGGAUCACCAGAGGAGGCAAGAUAUGCCAUAAAAGUGCUUAGUUUUAGUGACCAAAAGGAAAUUUGUUUCAACGACACUGUCAGCAAAGUCUACCCAUUGAAUAUUGAUGGUACCAACUUUGGUGCUCACUUGAGCAGCAUAGCAGAACUUUUCUUGGUUGAUAAGUUUUCCAUCAACGAUAAGGAAUUGGAAAUUACAGAAUACGUGAUAAAAUAUGUGCUACUUGAAAAUGCACCAUCUGAUGUUCAACAAACUUACAAGCCUUUGGCUAUCCGCUAUUUUGUCAAUUCAUUAAAAAGCUACAUGGAUGAUGCAGAGACAGCACGGGAAAAAGCUGCUCCCGUUUUAAAAUUGUUGAUAUCAGUAAUUGGAAACGAGGGGGAGAUUGUUAAUAAAACGAACGAAACGUGGCCAACAUCAGAACCUUACAAGACAAAACUAAGGUUGACAGCGGGUGAGUAUUUGCUAAAGUUGGCAAAGAUUCCAGUUUAUAAUGAAGUGAUUUCUUCCUCAACAAUGAGGAAGCUAUGCUUUCUUUUAAACGAUAAGGAGCUAUCGGUUAGAUCACAAUUUUCAAAAAAAUUGAGACACUAUCUUGGUUCAGAAUCGAUAUCAGAAAAGUAUAUCGCAUUGGUCUUUUUCACAGCUGUUGAGCAAGACAUUACUUUGAAAAAUGAAAACACAUUGUGGAUAAAAUCGAUGUUUAAAAGAUCAGAGUUGAACAAAAGUUUGAAGUUUGAGAAAUCUUUGGUUAGGUUGAUUCACAACAUUACCCACCAUGAACAAUUACUUGCGUUAGUUAAUAAUGGAAAUGGAGAAGAAAGUUCAGUGAGUGAUGACGACGAGCGGAUGCUACAGGUGUACUCGUUAGCGGCUCGUUUUCUCAUCUACUAUGUGCAAUUAAUAGCCAAGGCGGAAAAUAUAGCUUUGCUCUACUACUUGGCCAGUAGAGUCAAACAACAUCGAGAUGCUACGAUCCCAAGCGAGCAAUACGAGAUGUUGAAUAAGUCACAAGAGGUGCUCAAUCUAUACCGAAUUGCCGAGUUGGCGCAAUUAGUAUUGAAAACCUACAGUGACUAUAAAAUCUGGCCCAUUCAAACUUGGACGGAGAAAUUUAGACUUCCUCAGGAUAUUUAUGCUCCCAUGGGUAGUGCAGCUGAAGCUCAAUCUGUUGUAUCUCAAGUUUUUAUCCAUGAUGGUAUACAAGGUAAAUUGGUGAAUUUGAUUAAAAAGGAGAUUACCGAUUCAAAAAGAAAACAGAAUGAUAAUCCAGCUGCAACGAGUGUUCCUAAGCGCUCAAAGCCAACACCACGUGUCUCUAAAGGUAAAAAGACAAAGAAAAGGGAGCCAAGAGUUGAGCAACGAAGCAAUGACGCAGCCGAACCCACAAGAAGGAGCAGUAGAGUCAAAAACAAAGUUGUUUACAAAGAUCAAGUAUCUUCUGAAGAAGAACUGGAUUCAGAUAUGGAAUCAGAAAGCGACUACGAGUAA